AUGACGGUGAAUUCUGUGAAUGGUUUGGUGUGUUUCUGGAGUUCCAAUGCUCGUGUCUAUGUCUUCAAUCCUAUGACUAAAGAGUAUUUCGCGACCUCACCAUAUACAUAUGAAAUUAGUUUUCUUUCACCCUGUAUUGCUGCAGUUGGCUUCGGGUUUUGCCAGCUUUCAUAUGAAUACAAGGUGAUUGUUUUUCGUGAUGAUAGUGCAGGAUUAAUGGAAUAUGGUGAGAUGAAACCAUUAGUUUUUACUGUUGGAAUUGACCGUUCGUGGAGGUCUCUGAAUAAAAUUCCUGAUAGAAAAUUUCUUUCUAGAAUUGAGAAGGGUACACAUGUGAAGGGGGUAUUAUAUUGGUACACUCUUCAAGAUAGUAAGAGAAUUAAAAGCCUCUUAUGUUUUGAUGUGUCUAAAGAAGAAGUUUUUACGACUAUGGUUCCAGCUGAACUUAAUAGCCUAGAAGAAGGAGGACGGUCUAUAACUAGGAUAGCAGAAAAAGGAGGAAACCUUUGCUUGAUAAACAUAAGUUAUGGUCCCAUUUACUCCCUCUUGAUCAAGGUAUAUAUUGCGCAUACUAGUACUGAUUUGAGUAGCUUAAAUUCAUGGAAGAAAGAGUUCAAUGUGACUGUUCCUAAUAUGGCUUACCAAAUAAAUAUGACGUGGUGGUUCAUCUCAAUUUUUACUGAUGACAUGUUGGUGAUUGAUAUUAAAGGUGAGAGUGAAAUCGUUAUUGAUGUAGCAACUGGAAUGUUGUUGAGUGAACUUCCUCGGUAUGGCUCUGGAAUUGUUAUCCAUUAUGUACCAAGUUUGGUUUCACUUUACAAUCGCCCACCACUUCUGAACUCUUGA